AAUCACGAGGAAAGAAUACACUUCCGUAUUUUGAAGCUGACCAAGAGUCAGAAGAAGCUUUACACACAAACAAUGGGACACAAGAUGGAUAGGUUGUGUUGUCUUCUUUUGGUGUCCUUAUCUGCAGUAUCGGCACAGUUUGUGCCACCGUAUACCGAAGAAUGCCAGACCGGCAUGUACCCUCCCAAAGGUCCAACAUUCAAAGGGUCUGUCACCUGGUACACAAUAGACCUGGAUUUGCCCCCCAGCGAAAGAUGGAAGCUAAUCAUCACCGACAAAAAAGCUGAGUUGGUCAACAUGAUCCAGGCUAUCAGGGAUUUGGCCAACGCAUUUGUUCCUAGUGGGAAACUGAUAGAUUUGGUCGACAAGGACUUGCCUUUGCUAGUGAAUACCCUACCCUACCCAUUCAAUGAGGAAAUAAAAGGAAUCGCGACUGCCUCGGGUGUUCCCCUUGGCGAGGUUAUCCUCUACAACAUAUUCUAUGAGAUCUUUACGGUGUGCACUUCUCUAGUGGCAGAGGACUCAAAUGGUAACCUUAUCCAUGGGCGGAAUAUGGACUUUGGACUAUUCAUGGGUUGGGACAUGAAGAACAGGUCCUGGUUGAUAACAGAGAAACUCAAGCCUCUGGUGGUCAACAUUGACUUCCAGAGAGGCAACAAGACGGUCUUCAAGUCCACUAACUUCGCCGGCUACGUGGGCAUGUUGACUGGCAUUAAGGCGCAUGCUUUCACUCUGACCAUGAAUGAGCGCUUCAGCCUUGAUGGAGGAUACAUCGGGAUCAUGGAAUGGAUCCUGGGGAAUAGAGAUGGGAUGUGGAUGAGCUUCCUCACUCGCUCCGUCUUAGAGAAUGCUACCAGCUACGAGGAGGCAAAGAAACUUCUGGCCCAGACCAAGCUGCUGGCCCCGGCCUACUUCAUCCUGGGAGGGAACCAGACGGGCCAGGGCUGUGUCAUCACCCGCUCCAGAGUCCUCAGCCUCGACAUCUGGGAGAUUGAGCUGAAGCUGGGCCGCUGGUACGUUCUGGAAACCAACUACGAUCACUGGAAGGAGCCUCUGUUCUUGGACAACCGCAGGACUCCAGCCAUGAAGUGUAUGAACCAGACCAUGCAGGCAAACAUCUCACUGAAGACCGUGUACGACGUGCUGUCGACAAAACCAGUCUUGAACAAGUUGACCACAUACACCACGUUGAUGGACGUGAACAAGGGCAAAUUGGAAUCCUACAUCCGUGACUGCCCCAACCCCUGUAUGCCCUGGUGAAGCCUCCAGAUGGGUUUCUAACAGAACGGUGGUGGGGAGAUGGGCUUAACUGAUUCAGAAACAACUGGAGAAACCUGUUAUACAUAUUUCAAGUCUGCGCUGUAACUAAAGGCUCCAAUCGAAAUAUUGCCUCAACAUUGCUUAACACUAAUACAUGGGUUGAAAAUGGCAGAUUUGGGCACUGUUAAGCACCCAAAUUGGAACAGUGAGCUGUACAGUAACAUGCUAUACAUGUCAGAGAUCACAUUCUCUGAACUUGAGCAUUACGCAACAAGUUGCCUUCCCAGUAAUUGGGCAACUCUGUCUGAGUGAGAAAUGCUGUAAAUUAAGAGGACUCGAUAUAUUUUGAAACAUGACAGGGGAUUAUAAUAAAUACUACUGAUGUCAUACAAGCAACCCAAACACCUGGGAGUCCAAAUGUGCACUUUACAUUUACAAAUACUAAAACUCAUGUCUAUACAGUGCCAAAUGUUUAUGAUCACUGUUUGAUGUACAGUUAAGAUGUAAUGUCAUCAUACCCUUGGUUUUUCUGCAAAAAAUGAGCCCAUUUGAAUUUUUGGGGGCUGCUGCACUCAUGACUCCUUUCUAUGCGCAGCAAAAUUAAAAUUUUAUGCUUUCACAAGGCAAUUCAGACAUGUCUUGUUGCACCUUCCCAAUAAUAGUCUUGUUACUGGAUGUAUCUGGAGUGUUUUUUUAUUAUUAUCAAAAUGUACACAAAGCUCAUGUGUAAAAUGUGGAUUCAGUUGAACUUGUGUACUCCCCUUUGGUCUAAUAAUUUACACACGGUUCCCUUUCAAUUACUUCUAUGUUCAUGCAUAUGCCUUUGUGAAAAACAUUUCAAUAGGCCAAUUCCCACAAGUGUAAAGGGUUAAAUGGCACCUCAAUAUUUAGCCAUUCACGCUUCAUUCCAAAUUAACAUGUAUUAGCCUGUAAUUUAUAUUAAACGAUAGAGCCUUU